AUGGACCUGCCUAACAUUACCUCUGGUUCUCUCCAUCAACUUAGGGGAUUCAUCAACUUGUUCUACGAACAUAGUGAGGCCCUUAAAGCCCUCGAUUGUGAUGUCUCAUCUAACUCUAACCCCUUACUGUAUUGCUCAAACGGCUACUUCUACCCGAGGACUGACACACUUGACCACUCUCUUCCACCAACCACUCUCUCAGACCUCACCAUGGCAACUCAGCACCCCUUCCUCAUUUUAGAUAGGAUUUCUAUGGAUUUACCUAGAGCAAAACUGACCCCGGAAGUGUUCCACAAAGCCAAAGCCUACACACUAGCUGACCCUACGUUCCACUUACCUAGUAGUGUAGAUGUUCUGUUAGGUGGAAGUUUAUUCCCACAGUUACUCACUAACGAAAGCCACUCGCUUGGUCCCAACCUCCCCCAUGCUGUAGGCAGCCAUUUUGGAUUCAUUAUAAUGGGACAAGCACCAUGUACGUCAAUCACUCCUCUUUCAACACAUUAUUCUGUAUCCAUGCUCUCUGUCAAUGACACAGAGUUACAUAACUCGUUGCAAAGGUUCUGGUUGCAGGAAGAACUACCUCCAUGCAAUAAACGGACAGCGGAAGAAGAACUUUGCGACAAACAUUUUGACGCCACUCACGCUAGAGAUUCAGACGGACGUUACAUUGUCAGUCUUCCAUUCAAACAGGCUCACCCCCCUCUUGGAGCUUCUAAGCUUGCUGCGGAGCGUAGAUUUCGCGCACUGGAACACAAAUUCCGAUCUCAGCCUAAUUUCUCGGAACUUUAUCAUGAGUUUAUGAGUGAUUACCUCUUAGCAGGUCACAUGGAAAAGGUUUCCACCAUUGACUUAUCUCAACCUCAUUAUUUCCUCCCUCACCAUGGGGUACUAAAGGAUACUAGCAGUACCACAAAGCUACGCACAGUUUUUGAUGCUAGUGCGCAGACUAGCACAGGUAUCUCUCUAAACGACGUCCUUCUCACUGGACGAAAACUCCAAACAGACAUUUGUGACAUUUUACUAAAUUUUAGAGUCCAUAAUGUUGUUUUUACCUGUGACAUACGGCAAAUGUACCGACAAAUUCGAGUCCGCCCAGAAGACCAGAAUUUUCAGCUGAUCCUAUGGCGUGAAGACCCCUCUCACGAGCUUGACAUCUACAAGUUGACAACAGUGACCUACGGCUUAAAUAGUUCCCCCUAUCUGGCCAUAAAGACCUUGGGGCAACUGGUGAAGGAAGAAGGUGAAGCUUUCCAUAACGCAGCCAGAAUCAUCAUCUCUCAUUCCUAUGUUGAUGACAUCAUCACAGGCUCUGUUGACGAAGAAUCAGCCCUCCAACUCCAGGGUCAACUCAUCGCCCUCCUGAAGAAAGGUGGAUUUGAACUCCAGAAGUGGUCGUCAAAUUCCCCUCGCCUACUGGAAGCAGUUCCAGAAGAUCAUCGUGAGACACCUGUCUUUAUGCAAGAUCCAGAGCAACCUCAUUACUCCAUCUUAGGACUACACUGGUCACCUACUACGGAUUCCUUCUCCUAUCACUUGGACCUACCCUCCGGCGCUUGUACUAAGCGUCAGCUACUCAGCAACAUCACAAGAAUUUACGACCCUGGUGGUUUUUUCUGUGACUUUGACAUGGACUACUCCUUCUUCAGAUCUUCAUGCUGGAGACCUCAUCCUACUUCAGGAGUCAUCACCCCCCUUCAGUGGCCCCUGGGACGCAUCACCGCAACACAUCCCGGAGACGAUGGUAUAGUGCGUGUGGUGGACGUGCGCACCAACCAGGGUACAUAUCGAAGGCCUGUCUCAAAGGUCUUCCCUCUUCUCAUAGACUAA